AUGAAGAGUAUUAUUUUUGUUUUCGCUUUAAUUGCUUUAUCUGCUGUUUAAGUCUCAGCAGCUUAUAGUUGUCACGAAAAAUGCAUAUAAAAGUAUUGUUAUUCAUUUACCCCAUACAAUGAAGCCAAAAGUACUAAAUGUGUUUAAGAUGCUGUUAAUACAAUGGAACUAGUUAAGAAGACUUGUUAAAAAUAACAAUAUUCUAUGGCAUGCGUUAAAUAGAGAAUCUCAACAGACAGAGAUUUCCUUGAAUUCUACGGUUGUAUGCAAGACUGCUACCCUAAUGGAAUUAUUUAGGUUGAUGAAUCUCCUAUUGCUGGAAAAAUCCAUGACUUGACAAAAUCUAGAAAAAGAGGUUAAGAUACUACUACUCCUCCUACUGUUCCUCCUACAGUUCCUCCUACCUAACCAGAUUCCACUCCUAAACCUAAAGAUACCAAAAAAACUGGUAGUCAAAUUCUUAACUGCUUCAUCGGAUUAGUUUCUGUUUUCUUAGGUGUUCUUAUCUUUUGA